AUGAGUUUACAGUCAUCCUUGGAGCGAUUAGCUAGCUACCGCGCCAAAAACGCGCGCGCAUCUCAAGAUAUCUUCCGGAAUGGACUCCUCGUGCUUCAGAAAGGUGGUUUUAAAAAACUGGGGGACGACGGCUGGACAUUCCUGGAACAAUUAACAUUGGCCUCGAUAGACGUCGGACGACUUGACAAAGCAGACCAAUGCCUCCAACUCCUCGUCGACAAAUUCCCCAACUCCCCACGUGUCGACUGUCUCGUAGGCAUCCGCAUGGAAGCUACGGAGCCUCCAGAAAUAGUCCUGAAAUACUACGCCGACAUCCUUGAAGCCGACUCCGCCAAUGCCGCAAUCUGGAAACGGCGUAUAUCGGUACUGAGGAGAACAGGAAAGGUAGAUAAGGUUGUGAAUGAACUCGUACAAUUCUUGGAUACGUUCUAUACGGACGUCGAAGGGUGGCUAGAACUCGCAGACAUUUACGCGUCGUGUAACCAGUACGACCACUCUCUCCAGGCGCUCACACACGUUCUUCUUCUAACACCCCAGAACCCCUUCUACGUGCUCCAAGCCGCUGAAACAGCCUACACCUCCGAAGACUUUCCCCUCGCCAUUAAGAUGUUCCUUACCGUCGUCGACAUGACCGACGCUGAUGAUUCGGAACAGCUCCUGCAAGAAUCCACACCGCUCGGGAUCACCGUGCGAGCAUGGUUUGGCGUGAAACUCUGUGCUCGCCGGAUAGCGCAAAAUGCGAACCUGAAGUCAUUAUCCAAUACUAGUUCGCCGAAGAAUCUUGAGUUGCUGGAUGAGCUGGCCACGGAGCGUCUUCGGGUUGCAUACUCGAGUUCUGGCCAGAAGGGUGAGAUUGCGAAAGGGAGGCAAGAGGUUUUUGCUUGGGUCGCUGCUCCCCUUGCGUAG